AAGGUGUGAAUUAAUUUGUUCAAUAUUUUUUUGUAUUGUGAAUUGUAAGAUUCUAAAUCAAUUAUGGCUGAUCGGGGCCGGGGUAGAAGUCGAGGACGAGGAAGAGGUCAAGAUGAUAGAAAACAAGCUCCUGGACAACAACAACAACAACAACAACAACCUCCACAGCAACCUCAAGCAAGUGCUUGGGCUCGUAGACCUGGUCCUCCUCAGCCACAACCAGGACCAUCUUCACAAACACCAUAUUCAAGAUCUUCAGCACCAGCACAGAGCACAAUUUAUCCAAAGGUAAAAGGAAUAGAUAAGAGUGCUGGAAGAGCCACUCAAAGAUUAGGCCCUAAAGGAGAUGGUGGUCCAGGGCAUAAAGAAGAAAGUGCUCCUGAAGCAAUGGAAGUUAGUGGGGAAGUAGCUGCUGGAGGAGGAGAUGCAGCAGCACAGUUGGGAAGAGGUGCUAUGCGAGGUAGACGUAUGAUACCAUCAACUCCAGAAAAUAUACAAACUAGACCAGAGAAUUUAAUAACUAAACAAGGUACUACUGGAAGUAGUGUAAUGCUACAAGCAAACUAUUUUAAAUUGCUUGCCACAACUGAUUGGUGUUUAUAUCAAUAUCGAAUUGAUUUUGCACCGGAUGAAGAUCGCACUGCGGUUCGUAAAGGAUUACUUAAACUUCAUAAAGAAGCUUUAGGAGCAUAUGUUUUUGAUGGAACUGUUAUGUAUUCUAGUAGACGUUUACAAGAUAAAAUGGAAAUUUGGUCUAGGAGGACAUCAGAUGAUGCCACAAUCAGAAUUACCAUACGUCUUGUUGGAGAAAUGGAAAGAGUAGACCAACGUUAUCUUCAAUUUUUCAAUAUAAUUAUGCGAAAAUGUUUAGCUCUAUUAAAUCUUCAGCUUGUAGGACGCGAUUAUUUUGAUGCACAUAGUAAAGUAGAAGUACGUGAUUUUAGAUUGGAACUUUGGCCUGGUUAUCUCACAUCUAUAAGACAACAUGAGAAUAGUAUUCUUAUGUGUGCUGAAAUCAUACAUAAAGUCAUGCGUCAGCAAACUUUAUUAGAUAUAUUAAAUGAAUGUUACGAUCAUGAUAAGAAUGAUUAUAAGACUUUAUUUGAAAAUCAAGUUAUUGGUUUAGUUGUACUUACUGAUUACAACAAUAAUACAUAUCGUAUAUCAGAUGUGGAUUUUGAUUCAAGUCCUAAUUCAACUUUUCAAUUAAGAACCGGUGAAAAAAUAACUUAUAGAGACUAUUAUAGAAAUAAAUAUCAAAUCCCUAUUGAUAACAUCUCUCAACCAAUGCUUGUAACGAGAUUAAAACCAAGAGAACGUCGUGCUGGUCAAGCCGAAUUAGUAUAUCUUGUUCCGGAACUUUGUCGUGCAACAGGUUUAACUGAUGCUAUGAGAGACAAUUUCCAUUUAAUGCGUACAUUGGCAGAAUAUACACGUGUAUCUCCCGCGGCACGUAUAGAUAAAUUAAUGGUCUUUAAUAGGAGACUUCGCGAUAAACCAUCUAUAGUAAAAGAAUUAAAUGAAUGGAAUUUACAUCUUGAUGAAAGACUAGUUGAUGUACCAGCACGAUUUUUACAACCAGAAAAAAUUGUAUUGGGAAGUGGACGAACGGUUUCUGCGGGCCAAUUUGCCGAUUGGACCCGUGAAUUACAUAAUAAGCCAUUGUAUAACAUUGCUCGAUUGACUAAUUGGGUAGUAAUUUGCAUGACUCGUAUGAGACGCGAUGUCGAGAGAUUCAUACAAACGCUUAAAGAAUCUGCAUCUGGAAUGGGUUUUAGAAUUGACAAUCCAAGACUUUGGGAUGUUGCUGAUGAUCGAUCCAACACUUAUUCUGAUACUCUCGAAAGAGUAAUGAGUACUAGUAAUCCAGAAUUAAUCUUUUGUGUAGUAUCGAAUAAUCGAGCCGAUAGAUAUAGUGCAAUAAAAAAGAAAUGUACUCAUGAUAGACCAGUAGCUUCACAAGUUUUCCUUGCAAAAAAUCUCUCGAAUAAAGGUAUAAGAUCGAUUGCUACAAAAGUAGCAAUUCAAUUAAAUUGUAAAUUGGGUGGUGCUCCAUGGAGCGUUGAAUUACCACCGAUUAAUUUAAUGGUAGUUGGUUAUGACGUAUGUCAUGAUCCUGCUGAUAAAAGCCGUGAUUUUGGUGCAAUGGUAGCAUCAUUGGAUAGAAGUUUGACAAGAUAUUAUAGUUCAGUAGCUGCUCAUACUACAGGAGAAGAACUUUCAGACGAGUUUGGAGAAAGUCUCGAAAAAGCUGUGCUAUGCUACAGACAAGUGAACAAAAUUUUACCCUCACACAUUGUGAUAUAUCGUGAUGGUGUAGGUGAGGGUCAGGUACCAUAUGUAUAUAAACAUGAAGUAGAUGAUAUAAGGGCCAAAUUAAACAAACUUUAUGGUGAUCCUAGUACCAUUAAAUUGGCAUUUGUAAUAGUUACGAAACGAAUUAAUACUCGCUUAUUCUAUAAUCAAAAUAAUCCUCCGCCUGGUACAGUGGUCGAUGAUGUUGUUACUAAUCCAUUAAGAUACGAUUUCUUUAUUGUAUCUCAAAGUGUACGACAGGGUACGGUAACACCAUGCGCAUACAAUGUAAUAGCUGAUUCUACUGGUUGGAGAGCCGAUCAGAUGCAAAGAAUGACUUACAAGUUAUGUCAUAUGUAUUAUAAUUGGUCUGGUACCGUUAGAGUACCUGCGCCUUGCCAAUAUGCUCACAAACUUGCUUUUUUGGUUGCACAGUUUGUGCGUCGUCCACCAUCUUCAAGGAUGCAGAGUUUAUUAUAUUACUUGUAAUCAUUCCUUGUUCCUAAUACACAAAUUAAGAUAUAUAGAUUAAGUAUAAAACGUAUUUUAUAUAUGCAAACUGUUUU